AUGACUACUAUUCAAAAAAGUGUUUCUAAUACUUCACCUUCUGCUACCGAACGAGAGGACGACGAUCCUAUUGUUAAACUCCAACCUUCAAGGCAUUCUGAGAAGUGGUACAUUGAGUUGUUACUAAGUAUUAAGCACGCGCUAUAUGCUCGUACUGCGGCUUGUACCAAAAAAAAAAACAAACACGCACAAAACUUUGGCGCUUGCUUAUCAUAUUUUGCUCAUGAGACGAAAGAACCCCUUGCUAUUAUCGCAUGUGGAUCUUUUUCACCAAUAACGUAUCUUCAUUUACGGAUAUUCGAGAUGGCAAAAGAUUAUAUAACAGAUAAUACCCGAUUUGAAAUUAUUGGCGGUUAUUAUUCCCCCGUAUCGGAUCAUUAUAUAAAGGAAGGACUAGCACCUUCUCAUCAUAGAGUUCGUAUGUGCGAACUCGCCGUUGAAAGAACCUCUCAAUGGCUAAUGGUUGAUGCAUGGGAAAGUUUACAGUCUGAAUAUACGCAGACAGCUAUAGUUAUGGAUCACUUUAACGAGGAAAUUAAUAAUAAACGUGGCGGUAUUGUGACAACAGAUGGCAAAUCUCGGAAGGUCAAAGUCAUGCUUUUAGCUGGUGGUGAUCUAAUUGAAUCGUUCAAGGUUCCAAAGCUUUGGUUAGAUGAAGACGCGAUUACGGAGUUCUCAUAG